AGAUGGUCGGUGCGCCGUUACAGCUUCUUUUGCCUGCGUGCACCGACAAGUGAAACCCUCUCUGUCUUCUGUUCCCAUACGCCUGACACGACGUAAAGGUUGGCGUGUCAGGGCCUCUCGUUGCCCAGCAUCCCUUCCCUUUUGUUUCCUAGAGAAGUAAUUCAUUGCAGCUCGUAAGCAGCACGCACACACACGCGUAUUUACGCGUAUCCACAUCUCUCUCUCCUCCCUCGUUCUGUCGUUCAUAUACAUAUAUUUUUGAAGUUUUAGAAUAGACUUGACGACUUUACCGGAGGCUCAAAAGUUCAGAGCGUGUUUGUUUGCUCUUUUCCUCUGCGCUUUUUCCCUGCCGUGUUACUAUCGUUGUGUAUUACUUCUGUUGUUGUUGCUGCGACUGUUGGCGGAGGUUUCAGUGUCCACGUUUGGCAUUAUUGACUUUGCUGCCUGGCCACCUCUUCUUCCCUUUGCUACAUCGAUAUCGUUGGCGAUUUGCUGCGGGUAGUUUUUUGAGGCGAUCUCCUUUAAGUAAGACUGUCGCAAAUCGUGUCGGGUUCGUUUUUUUGUCAUCCGUGGACCGAUUCUUUUUUUUAUUUUUUGGUAGCUACAUUCGUGAGCGGAAGCUCCCCCCGACUCUUUAGAGCCUCAAUCGAACAAAGUCAGGUGUCGUUAUUUCAAAAAGUAAACAAAAGCACACGCGAUGGAUGUGCACGCGAGUUUUACGGCUUCCAACGCCCCUAUCUUGUGCCUGGUGUGCACGGCGACUGCCUGUGGAAGCCAGCUCACGGCGACAAUCAAUGUACGUUUAGAUACCACCCUCGCAGAGGUGCGUAGCCUCCUCGUCUCCCUGGCGUCGGGUGGCAACGGCGGGUCGGUCGCCGUCCGGGAACCGCCGACCAACAUCACGUCGCAGCAGGCGCAGCGCAUCAUUUCCUCCCCCCUACACCCCUUCGACUUCACCGAAACCUUUAGCUUUGUGCACGGCGGCGGGUGCCGCAUGUACAGCAGGGCGCAGGAGGCGCGACUCCAUGUGGAGGACGUGCUGCCGCGUUAUCCGAGAUUUGGACUCCCCGCGGGGUGCGCGCCUUCCGCACCCAACGCGGCUGCUGCGUUGGUGGUGGGCACGCGGGGCAGCGCUGGUGGUGGUGUCUGCAGCAGCAGCUGCACUCAGUGGGUGCCUGACACCGCGCCCCCUGUGGCCGUCGUGCAAUACCCCCCGGGCUCCCACGCCAGUCGCACGCGUGAUGGACAGGAGGGGCUGCAGCACCACGACGGCGGUGUGUCGGAGAUGUCGCAGGUGGCGCCGCAGAAGCGCUUCGCCUUAGCCGCGUUGUUUGUCGCACCAGGCGACCGAGCCGAGGGCGGGCUGCGUGUGGAGCGGGUCGUGGCGGAGCGCCUGCAGCUGCAACUGACCGACCCGCUGCGACCGCUGGGCGGCUCUGGCAGCGGGGCGGGUCUCUUCUCCGCCUCCGCCCUCGCCGCCAGCUACGGCCGACCGUUUCGCGUAGAGACAUGGAGUGCGGGGGUGACGCGGUGGAACGGCAACACCGAGGACUUGCUGGGUCGCACGCUGCUUCACGACGCUGUGCAGGUCGGCAACGAGGCGGCAGUGCGCUUCCUACUUUCUCAGUCGUACAUUUUCGUGGAUGUGCAGGAGCGUCAGUCGGGCGAGGCGCCGCUGCACGCCGCCGUCCGCGGGAACUACCCCACGCUGGUGAAGCUGUUGCUGGAGGAGGGUGGGGCCAACCCGCUGCUUGCGAAUGGGAGCGGAGAUACACCGCUGCACCUCGCCCUGCAGCGCCGGCGCGCCGUCAUCGUCGGUCUGCUGUGCGGUCGACUGCGGGCGCUGAAAGUAGCCCCCACUGCCCUCCAAGACGACGCUUUUCGCAACAACAUGGGCUACACCCCUGCUGCCCUCUUUCAGCUCUUUUCCCCCUCCUUGAUCGACCUGUGCCGCGACGGCGCCAGUCUGGCCGCGAUGAAGGCGCUUGCACAUCACUACUUCUUCGAUGAAAGGAAUGUGACUGCACGGGAUGCGAUGUCAGGUCAGUGCGCCCUGCACGCCGCAGCGGCCAGCGGUAAUGUGGACGCGCUGCGCUACAUCGGCGAGGAGCUGAACCUCUUCUCGGUGCUGCUCUCCCCAGCAGCGGGCGGUGGCAGCAGUACUCGUCACACUCCUUCCUCGUCGCUCUGUCGCUCUCUUCUCCACGAUUUCCGGCGUCAAAAUCCACUGCACGUUGCCGCCGCCGCGGGGGAGCCGGCCUGUGUGCAGUAUCUCUUGCAAAAGCUACCCCUCACUUGUCUGGCGGAGGCCGACCUGAACGGCAACACGCCGCUUCUGGUGGCCAUGAAGAAGCGGCGCUGGCGGGUGGUGGAGUUGCUCCUGACGCAGUGCCCGCCCGGCACCCUGGCCGCCAACGCACAAGAUCGGCACGGCAUUUCUGCGUUGCACAUCGCGUGCGGGGUGGGCAUGACACGUGUGGCGGCUGUGCUGCUGAACCACCACGGCGCUGUUGCUGACCAAAACUCGCUCUCCGUAGGAGCGUCCUCCGCUCCCGCACUCACGUCUUUUUCUCCGUCCCCGCCAGAAGUGACGACGUCACCGGCAACAGCGACGGCGGCGGAGAUGCUGUGGGGCCCGCACUGGGAGAACACGGCACUUGUCCAUCACGGCGCCGUGCGUGGGCGGCUGCGGUCGCUCGAGGCGCGAGAAGCGAAGCGGCAGGAGCAGCUCAGGCAUCGGCAGAGCUUAAGACCGUCUGGGCAAGGAUCUGCCAGCACGUCGCUGACGGUGCAGGGUCCUGGAGGAAGUCGCGCUCCUGUCGCAGCGAACACGUAUGCCGAUUACACCGAUCCUGUCGCUAUUGUCAAAGCAGCGCCGCACUACGUCUACGGUGGCGGCCGGCUCGGCUACACGCCGCUGCGCUGUGCCUUGUUGAACGCCGUGUGCGACGGCCGCACGCGUGCCAUUCCAGUGGAGCUGCUUCGCCUGUUGUGCGAGCACGGUGCGCUGCACGAGGGCACCGCUGCCGACACGCGCGACCUCCUCUUUUUCCUUCUCACUCACCGCACUGACGCGAACGCAGAGGCGAUGCUUUCGUGGGUCAUGCAGCAGUGCGCCGCGGCCGUGGUGGUGCUGCUACGUCGCGACAACGUUCUUCUCUGCCGCUUUUGCGCCUUGCGCGACGACGUGGGCGUUCGCUGGUGCGUCGAGGCGCAGUGGUGCGACGUGCACUCUCGCGAUACGAAUCCGCUGGUGGCCUGCGCUGCCGCGGGAGACGCGAACGCGGCCGCCUUUCUUCUGCAGUGCGCCGGUGCCGAUGCCAACGUGCUGCCGGGGUCGUCCUCGGCUCUCGGGGUGGCUCUGAGCGCGAGACAAGUGGAGGUGGCGCAGGUGCUCAUCCUCAGCCGCGCGCAGCUCUCCGCAGGCGACGGAUCGUGGUCGGCACUCGAGCAGGCGACGGCUUCCAAUCUGGAAAGCGUGGUACGAGGCCUGUUGGGCAUGCAUACGGUGGACCCGUUGGAGGUGUCACGAGUGCUCGUGCACACCCUUCAGCGUCUUCUCUACGCCGGCCCGCUGCAGCAACGAGAACAAACGCACCUUGCCUUGUAUCUGGCGCGUGCUUACGACCCAACGCGGUCAGACGUGCACCCAACGGAGCUGCUGCACCUGUCCGCCGCUGUGGGCUGCUUCGAGGUGACACGGGCGCUGGUGGACCGACUGCUCGCACUGCCGACGACGAUUUGGGCGGAGCUGCUCUCCACCGUCCCUCUCCCGCCAUCCCGUCCGGUGGCCCUCAUUGAGCCGACAAUGGUGCCGCUCACCAUCCACGCACCGCGGCUGCUGCCGAACCGCGUAAACGGCAAAGCCGGUCUCUACCACCCACCGAAGCCGUUUUACCGCCGCGUCGUGCCCGCCGUCCGCGAGGCUGCCGCGACGACGCUGCUGCACCGUGUAAAGGUGCGUGAUGUCUACAGUUACGCCGCGGCGGCGCAGCGGACAGAGUUGGUGCUGGCCCUACGCUGCGGACUGCGCCUGCCUCCGUGGCCGCACACCGACCUGCGCGGGUGGACUGUCACCGACUACGUGAUGGCACGCGCCACGAAAGCGCGAGCGCCGCUGCUGGCGCUGUUUGUGGCGACCGGGAUUGCGCCCGCCGCCCGGCAUGGCCGUCGCGUGCUUCCUACCGAUGACGCUGACCUUGUGCGUGCGGUCCACGAGGCCCAGCAGGAACGAUGGGCGGCUGCGGGUGCGGCUGCGUCGGACGCGAAGGAGUACCCAUCGCCGCAGCUGCAUUUCGGAGUCGGUGGCGACGAUGACGGAGUAGACAGCAGUGCUCUCGGAGCGUCACGUGCCGCCGUUGCGGCUUUAAAGGUGACUGCAGCCACCUUGACCCGGCUCGUCCAAUCCAAGUCGGAGCGCAGCUUAGCCCUUGUGCGCGACAUCCUCGAUGCCUUCCUCGCCGUGCAUCAGCUCCAAGACCUCCGCCGAGUGUCGUGCCGUUGGCUGGAUCGCGUUGUGUUGUGCUGUGCGGAGGUGGGGCGACUCGAUGUGCUCACCGAGAUGAAGGAGCACUAUGGCAUCGACUUGGCGCAGAGUGGCGCGGCAUGCGAGGGAGUGGCGGAAGGGGAGGAGGAGAAAAAAUGGAAGGUACAGCAGCGUGUGGACUCUACGAGAGCAAGCUCGAUCAGUCCACAUCCGACCCCGCUGCUCAUGGCCGUGCAGCAGCGCCACAUGAGCGUCAUCACCUAUUUGCUGCAUGCUGGGUGCGCCGUGCACGCGCGGGGCUGCCUGACAAAAGCGAUGGCCGCCCAUGUUCCGCUGAAGAACAGCCAAACCUCUUUCAUCACCCCGUUGGCCUUAGCGGCGUGGAGGCAGGACUACGUGUGUGUGCGCCUGCUGUUGGCUGCGUCCCCGCCGCUGCGGCCCGAGGACACCGAGGAGGACGCCGGCCACUCUGUAGGCGACGCUCUUCGCGGUCUGGUUGUCAGCGCGCGCGCCGGUAUGUCUGCCGAGCAGCAAGCCGCCUUGACCGACUGCGUACGUGCGCUGGCGAGGGCGGGCCACCCACUGCGGUUUGCCAGUACGGUGCGCAUAGCUGCGGCAAAGGGGCUGUUCGAGGUGGCAGAGGUGCUAGUGGAAUGCUACGGCAGCGCAGCGCUUUUGGCAGACCUCGUCGUGAGUGCAGAAACGUUGAAGGAUGACGAUGAGGACACUGACGGCGACAGGAAAAAGAAGAAGGAAGGGGCUGAUGGUGUAGAAGAUAUCUUCCGGAGACCGCACAAGCACAGCCACCUCACCGCCCUGGCCUACUUUGCGGCAACACCGCGGCUCGUGCCGGUGCUCCGCUCCCUCCUCGUCGAACGUGUGAUGGACGAGUUUCAGCUAGAGACGUGGCGCCUCACAAGCUUCAGCGAGCAGGUGCAGGCCUUGCACCGUUGUGGCGGCCGUCGUGGCGUGCGGCUGACCAGCGCGGCGGUGGAUUUUGCGCUUCAGAAAGACUGCGCAGAGGGGGCAAUUCUUCUGCUUUCACUGGGCCUGAUCUGCCGUGGUGUGUUGCCCGCCCCCCGUCCACGCAACGCAGCCGAUCGCGUAGGUCGCACGGACGCGUCGCGCCUCUCCUCGUCGGCGUCGUUGUCCGUUCGCGUUGCACACGUGCUGCGACACUGGCACCGACGGAGCCCUUUUUACCAGUCCUACACGGUGCUGCACAGCGCGGCGGAGCUGGGCCACGGCGACGUGAUUGACGCCCUGACAGCGGAGGUGCAAGGCUUGCAUCUCCCCGUGCCGGCGGGGAUGUCGGGCUCUGGUGGGAAGGACGUGAUGCAGUCGUUUGCGCUGGCAGUGCCGACCACCACGGCCACCGUUACGGCUCCGUCUCUCUACGCUCUCGCCGCGACGCACGCAGACGGCUGGACGUGGCUGCCGUUCUUUGAGCGGGUUGAGCUGGUGCUCGACCCGCGCUCUCUCUACGUCGCCGCCCGCGAUCUCUUUGCCCUCAUCUUCAGCGGCUUUGGAGUUUCCCAUGCGAUGGACCAGGUGUGUCGCCGCGCCGCACAGCACAAGCUGUUGGGCGACGUCUUCAACCUCUUCGAGGCAGCCGACGUAUCGGGCGGCGCAAACCGUAGCGGUGGUGGUGGUCCGGCGGUAGACGGAGGCUCCGUCAGUGCAGCAACGCCCCCGCCUGCCACACGCGGCAGUGCCGUGUCCGCCGUCUUCGUCGCCCGUCAGCUGCAAGCGAAGCCCCGUUCCUUCUUUCUCGCGGGCGGCACGUACCUCUUAACGAGUAUGACCGCUUUGACGUGUGCGAUUGCGGCGGGCAGCUUCGACUGGGUGCAGUACCUAUCUGUGCACGGCCCCCCACUAGUUUAUCACCGAGCCGCGGCAGCACGUGUGCGUACGUGUGCGGAGCGGAUUGAAGCCGGGAGAGAAAGGCGGACGUUGGGAGUGGCGACGGCUAGCGGUGCUGGGCGGCCGCAGCGGCCGUGGCGCCCACGAGAUUCGCCGUUUCGCCGUCCGCGACACCGCCGGCACCACUGCGACGCUUUCCUCGACUCGGGAGCUUCGCUUUACGGAAGCGGCGACGACGUGUGCCGCAUGGACGCGCUGACGCUGUGCAUGACGCUCCUGGCGGAUGCGGUGCUGCGCCGCGGUGACACCGGCGCGGUGCAGACAUAUGAGGAAAUGCUGAGGUUUCUGCUCGCGUGGCCCGCCGCGACGCCGCGGAAAGAGACGAUCAACAUGCUCGCCGUCGCCGCUGCGUCGUUGCGUCGCUGGCCGCUGCUACAGGCCAUCAUGCAGCACGCCGACCGCCUGUACGUGGCGGGUCUUAUGUCGAACGUGGACGGUCUUUGCAGUGACCAGAAUAAGAUGAGUCAAGGCAACGCUUCGCCGCCGCGGUACUUCUUCCCGCUGCUCCCUGAAGAAAUCCCUGCGGUUCUCGCGCACGUCAUUGGGAGUGUGCGGCACGUCAUGCACGCCGUGGCACACUGGGCUCCAAAGGAUGUGCUGAUCGAAGUGGCGCGGCACUGCCAGCGGACGGACGUGGAGGCCGCUGUUGACGCCCGCGGUUGCACGAGCGCCUACCACGCCCUGCAUCACCGUCAACCCUUUGCGGUGGAGACUUUCGCAGCGCUGCGCGUUCCGCUCGGGCGGCUCUGUCGGACGCGUCAGCAGCAGACGCCGCUCAUGGUGGCGGGCGCACAUGGGCGCACGGUGCUGGUCACCGCCUUGAUGCGGCCGGAGCGUCUCAACCAGCAAGACAGGGAGGGCCGCACGGCACUCAUGCUGGCAGCAUCACACGGGCACAAGGCAGCUGUCGAGGCGUUGCUCGCGGCCAACGCGGACGUGUCCCUCUGCGACGCCUACGGGCGUACGGCGGUCAUGCUGGCUGCCCUCCACGGUUACGACGACCUCGCCGUCCAGCUGGUUCAGCACUUCAGCCACCCAGGGGACUUGCUGUCGAGCCAGACCUCGGUCUUGCAUUGCGCUGCCGUGGGCGGUUGCUGGCGCACGGCGCUCGCGGCGUUGAAGCUGGCGGCACCGCCGCAAGCGAUUCAGCAGAUGACUGGCAGCCGUGGCGAGACUGCGGCGGCGCUCGUGCUGCGCGAGGAUGCCGACGGCCACACACCCCUGUACCUCGCCCACGCUUUCGGCAGCGCACGCGUGUUGCGAGCGUUUCUGCAGGUGCUCUUCCGUCUCUGCGGAGACGGCGACGUACGGACGCUGCAGAGUUUACUUGAACUGCACGGCGGUGACGGGGACACAAUUGCUGCAGCGCGGCGCUUGCUACGCAGCGACUCUACGCUCGAGCGCUACGGGUGGCUAACAGGGGUGCUGGAGAUCAACGCAGCUUUAGCAGAAAGAGUUCGACAAACCUAUGCGAACAGCCCCGCCGCUCACGGCCUGCAUGCGGGCGAGAUGCCGUACCUGCCCGUGAGCCCGUCGCUGCGUACGGCCGUCUCGCUAUUAAAGUGGUGCGUGCAAACCCGUAACACCGUCGGACUGCGCGUGUUGGCGGACUUCAACGUCGCCGACGACUGCGGCGUGCUGCACCUCGCCGCGGCGAAUGGCUCACGCAACGUGGUGGAGCUGCUAGUGGAGCUAGAGAUGAGUGACCCCUCUGUCCCUGACCCGCAAACCGGCCGUUACGCUUUUGAGCAUGCUGCGCUCUACCAGCAUAAGGAAUGCGCCUCGUACCUUCUGGCGAAUACAGUGAUCGAUCUCGCCGGUGUGCUGGACGCUGUUAUGAAAGAGACGGAGGGCGUCAACGCGGAUGUCGAGGUCAUUUCGGCUCCCGACAUUGCGGCUGACACAGCAGGUCAAGGUAAAGUCGGCAGCAGCGAUGGUAGCAGUGUGCCGCCUCUAUCGCCGGUGUCCGUCUUUCACGUCAUGGCCGGCCACUGCGGUGGGGAGCUGCUCGUCCAGUUUGUGGAGCAGACGCUUCGCAACGCCGCCCGCACGUACGUGGUGUCGCCCGCCGCACACCCACACGACGGAGAGCAGAGCGGGACAGAAGUACUGAGUCGAAUGCUGUACCACGCAAUGCAGCGACCAGCCGGGCCUUCGCGGCUGACACCGCUGGAGUACGCCAUUGCCAUUGGGGACCCCGCGGCGGUACUGCGCACUGCACAGGUGCUGCAACGUCUGCAGGAGGCCGCCGGUGAGACACCCGCGCUGACGUCUCUGCCGAUGUGCUUCGACACCGUACAGCGGAUGCAACCCGUGAAGCACGACGGUAGAGGCGGCGAGCAGCCGGAAGAUGAGGGGGUCGAAGAACAGAAGGGAGGAAGGAGUCAGCUCAUCUCUGCCACCAGUCCCUUAACCACCAACGACGCUGCCGCAAGCGCUGUGUUUGUAUCAUCGGCUUUUCUGCACUGGGUGCCGGCGCUCAGCCCGGCGAUACGCACCAUCCUCUUUGAUAUCUUUGGCAUGUGGGACGCAGCGAAGGUCGCCGGAUUUGGCGCUGCGCCACCGUCGCCGCCCAUUCCCGCACCAACUGAUGGUCACGGGGGAGCUUCUGGAAACGCAGUGGGCACUAGUACGCAAACGCAGCCGCCCCUUGUCACGGCAGCAAGGGAGGUGGGCCGCCUUCGUUUCGGUGACGCUCGAUUGAUCGGCAUUGCUGCGCUUCAUUACGACGCCUACUGCGCGGAAGUGCUCUAUCGCUUUUUCAAUCCCGAUCACGAGCGCGAGGUGCUACGGCUGCUCCUGCAGGAUUUUCCUUUUAAAAUCCGUUACGAGCCGGAGUCGUUCCGCCAGUGCAAUCUUACCAUGCAGACGCAGCUGCUGCAGUGGCUGGGCAGCUCCCUCAUUCUCAGCACCUACGACAGGCCUUCGCCUUGUGGCAUACCGCCGGAAUCGUGGGCGGCGCGAGGGGGAGCAGCGGCAGCAGCAGCAGCGAGCAACACGCAAAAGAACGAUGUUGCGUCCAUCGAGGUGCAGGUGGUACGCCAUCGCAAUGAGCAGUACGUGGAGCUGAGCGGUGCCGCGCUUUCGCACUCCCUGUACGUGUCCUCGGCGCAGCAUGCGCUGGUGGUGCCGGAUGUGAUGGCCUCCCUCCCCUGUGCCCUGCGAGAGCACCGGGAACGCUGGAAGGCCGAGCUGGUCCGCGCAAGCGAGAAGGCGACGCGUCUGCUGCAGCGGCAACCACACCCGGUGCUGCAACGGAGCAUUGUGACGGUGGACUGGGAUCUUCUUUGGGUGCCCGAAUCUGUAGUGAGUGUGUCGGCGGACGUGGAGCGUCACGGCGGCGUGUUUAUGCGGCUGCACGAGGCAAUGCGCAACUUCCAGGACUGGGUACGCGGUCCGCUUCAGAGUACGCUGCGUGAGGUGGACGCGGCCGACUUGCACGCCGUCGUGGUGGGCGUGCGGCACGGUGCCACGCACGGGCUGCAGGUGUGUUUCCGCUACGUGGAGGAGAAGCGGGCCGUGACGCGGUUCCCCGGCGCAGACGCCAGGACAUCGGCCAUGACCUUCAAAGGCGAUGUCUAUCCGUCGUGCUGCAUCGAGUUCAACGAGGUCACGCACACGGAUGUGGCCUACGCCUGUCAGGAAACGUUGGGACGGGCGGUGGCGGGCGAUGUGGCCUUGGUGCGGGUGCACCACGCCCGUGACAAGUUUCUGCGAGCGGCCCGAAAUGCAAUGGCCGCGCCACGCGGCGUGGUGACCUCAGUAUCGGCUGUGCCUGACAGCAUUGCUGCUGCAUCCGCCUCAGCGGCAACCGCAAAUAAGGAUGCGGAAGCGCUCAACGAGAGCCGCGUCAGCAACCCCGCCGUUGCGGAGCCGUUUUUGCAGUUCAAACUGGAGCUGGAAGGCGCAACGCUGGACCGCAUGCCGGUCUGCGCGCUGGAACGCCUCCUCCUCGUCGAAGCCGUGGCGGCCAUUGAUGCUGUCGUCUCCCCUCGCCCACCGCCGCUGCAUCUGCUGGAGAAGGCUGAUGCGAAAGGUGUGGCAGAGUCGCGUCGAGCAAGAAGGACUGCGAAUUCCUACGAAGUCUUCCACUCGGCCGCCAUCGUCAGCGCGGCGCUGGUGCGGCGUCUCAAGGCGGUGCUGGUGCUCUUCACGGCAAGCCGCGAGGCCAUGGUCAAACUCAGCGGUGACAAGUUGAUGCUGUGCUUCACCCAACACGAGAUUCCGUCGCGCAGCGACAUUACUGCGGAGGUGACGCGUACGCUCGUGCAGGAGGAGUGCGAGGUGUACCGCCGGCGUCUCGCGGAGGUGAACGACAUGAUGCAACAACGCCUCGCCGCUUACCUUCCGCAAGCGCGGCUGACCAUCGAUCUCGACGCUAUCGAGAAGCUGACAAACGACAAGGCACACCUGCUUUCUGCGAUGCGGAUUUUGGUGCAUCAGCAAAGCGCUUGGGUGCUUCAGCGGCUUAUCGAAGGUGUCAGCAUUGGCUGGGACGCGGAUCUCGGCGCCAUUGUGCGCCGGCACGUGCGGCAGGUUUCGCUGACGCUCGAGCCGGGCCUCUCCGGCUCUUGCUACCUCUCUCCAGAUGGCAUAUUUGUCUACUACUGCCCGCUUCUGUGCCUUGAGCGCCAACCACCUGGUGUCGUGACUCCCACGUCCCUGCCCUCGUGGCAGCUCCUCAGCGCGCAGCACAUCGCUUCCUUGCUGCUGCUGCAGCUGUCCGUGCUGGAGCCGCAGGUGUCGCGGUUUGUGGACCGGAAGCGCAGCGUGGCCUGCUGGACGGCUGCGCGGCGCCUCACUCGUCGUGUCGUGCCUGGAAGCCCCGUAGUGAUGGAGGUGCAGACAUGUAACCUUCUGCAUGAGCCGCUGCGUCGAGGCGGGGAGCGGCUGAAGAUUGUUGGGGAGGUGGGAGAGCCAACGGUGCGGGACCUCGGAAAGGGACGCUACCGCAUCCGCUUUGCUGCCCCGCGACGCACCGGCGCACACCGCCUGUUUAUCCUGCUGCACGGUCAACCGAUCGCGGACUCGCCGCUGUGGUACACCGUAUGCCCCGGCCACGUGGACCUCGCUCACACCGACGUCGACUCAACGUUUGACGCUGUCGUCAUCGAUGUGCCCUUCACGGUGCUGCUGAGGCUGCAUGACGCGGCUGGCAACCGCCUGUACGCCGCACCGCCGAACUUCGACGUUACCACCACCUUCCCGCCGUCGCUGGCGCAGCUUGAGAGCUGGUCCCUGCAAGGCCCGUCGACGCUGGCCGUGACGCUGCGUGUGCUGCCCUCUGUUGCCACCAACACAGCCCUUGCCGUGCCCCUCACUGUGUCCCUGAAGGACGAUGCAGCGACAGCCUCUACCGCAUCUGAAAUCAUCACUCUGCCUCCGUUCCCCUGCGUCGACCAAGACACGUACCAGCACGUCUGCCGCGUGCGCCAAGGCCUCACGCUCGAUCACGGCUCCCCCACAACUCGAAAGGCGUUCUCCAACAACUACCCCAACACGCGUCCUGUUCCGCCCGCAGCGUUGCAGCCUUCCUGCUUGUACUUCCGCCGCUCAAUGCGACGAGCGAUGCGUAGAAAGCUGGCGUCGGAGGCAGCGUCGCUGGGUGGCGCGCUCGGCUUUCGCUACCCCCGCAGCGCUGCGUUAAAGAGGUUGGAGCGUCCAUCUGUGUGCAAUAAGGCCAGCGAAACCGACAGAGGCGGCGAAGAUGCGUCGUGGUGGCGAACUGACUAG